ACCCUGAUAAUAAUUUUAUUUUUUUCUUUUUCUUUUUGCGAAAAAAGUAGAAGAAGAAGAAACUCAGCACGUAAACCACACCAACCCUAUAUUUCUUAAUUCACUUUCUUUCAGUUGCUAAUCCCACAGAAAGGGAGAACGAAGCACAAGGAUGCCUGGGGAAGACGAACCAAUGGCGGAACAAAGUAAUACUGGAUUAGGACUUGAUUAUAUAAUGAGCUUAGAAAAUGUUCCCACAAAGCUCCAUCCACAACUCCAAAUUUUCAACGAUGCUGGUGUGCAUACUGAUACUGUACAAAAUUCUGGUGCUUAUGCGCUUUCGGAAGCUGAUAAUAGUGUGCGGAUUGAUAGCUUCCGUGAAAACUUUAAAGUUGAAGUGAAGCGGCUUACUGAUAGUGAGAUGGAGUUUGAUAUAAUUGGUGUUGAUGCAUCAAUUGCGAAUGCAUUUCGAAGAAUUCUUAUGUCAGAGGUUCCAACAAUGGCUAUUGAAAGAGUGUAUAUCGCAAACAAUACAUCGGUUUUAAAAGAUGAAGUUCUUUCCCAUAGAUUGGGUCUCGUUCCAAUUCGUGCUGAUCCCAGGCUAUUUGAAUAUCCAGAUAAUGAAGGAGAUGACAGGAAUGAAAAGAACACCAUUGUGUUUGGUCUACAUGGACGUUGUGAAGUAAAACAAUCUCGUAUUAAGGUGAAAUCCGAUAAACUAAAGUGGUUACCCAAUGGGAGCGAGUUUCCCAGUGAAGAUAUCAAACCAAACACAGCAUCAACAAAACCAAAAACGUUUACAUCUUUUUCUUGCAGCCAAGAUUCACUUCCUGAAUUUUCCAACGAUUCAAUUGGUCUUACAUACCCAGAUAUUAUAUUAUCUAAACUUGGACCUGGUCAGGAAAUUGAACUUGAAGCACAUGCGGUUAAAGGCAUUGGUAAGACACAUACAAAAUGGUCCCCAGUUGCCCCUGCUUGGUAUCGGAUGCUUCCAGAGGUUGUACUCUUGAAAGAUGUUGUGGAUGAACAGGCUGAAGAAUUAAAAGAUAAGUGUAGGCCUAACGUGUUUGAUAUUGAAGACAUUGGAAAAGGUAAAAGAAGGGCAAAAGUAGCCAGACCAAGGAAUUGCACUGUGUGCAGAGAAUGCAUCAGAGGGGGCAAAGAAUGGGAAGAUCGUGUUUCUUUACGUCGGGUUAAAAAUCAUUUCAUAUUUACUAUUGAAUCAACGGGAGCAUUACCCCCUGAAGUGCUAUUUGCUGAAGCUGUGAAGAUUUUGGAAGAUAAAUGUCAAAGUGUGAUUAGUGAGCUUUCUUGAUUCUUUCUUUUUUGCUACGUCUUAAUCUUAAAUUCAAUAAAGUGGAUUAAUGUGAUCCAUGAUCAGUUCUUUUA